UAGCCGUCUCUUAUCAGCUCCACGAGGCCACAGAGCAGCGUCAGAUCGCUUCAGCAGCGCUCCUGAAGAACCAUGAAGCUCCUCCGUGUGCUGCUGCUCUCGCUCCUUCUGUGCGCUUUGUGCUCGAGGGCAGAAGAAGAGAAGGUCGAGGAAGGAUCCGAAGAGGAGAAAGAUGAGAAAGAGACCGAAACAGAGGCUGAACCAGAGGAAAAGGAGAAGACCGAUGAGAUAACGGAGGAGAAAGAUGUCUUGGUGCUUCAUAGCAAGAACUUUGCGAGGGCCCUCAGCGAGAAUGAAAACCUGCUUGUGGAAUUCUAUGCCCCGUGGUGUGGUCACUGUCGUGCACUUGAGCCGAUUUAUGCUGAGGUUGCAGGGCAGCUGAAGAAAGAGUCCUCUCCAGUACGACUGGCCAAGGUUGAUGCCACAGAAGAGAAGGAACUGGCUGAGGAGUUUGACGUUGACAGCUUUCCAACGCUUAAAUUCUUCAAAGAUGGGAACAGGCAAAACGUCAUAGAAUUCACAGGAAAGCGCACCUCAAAGGGCAUUAUGCAGUGGCUGCAGCGGCGCCUGGGGCCUAGUGCUACGCUCCUAGAGAAUGCCAAAGAUGCAAAGAAACUACUGGAUGCACACGAUGUGGUUGUGGUUGGAUUCUUUAAGGACUUGGAUGGAGAGGAGGCGAAGGUGUUCUAUGAUGUUGCAGUGGACACAAUCAGCCUUAACUUUGGCAUCACCAGCAGUCCAGAGCUCUUUAAGAAGUAUGAAGUACAGAAGGACUCAGUAGUGCUCUUCAAAAAGUUUGAUGACAAGCGAGCCGACAUGCCCCUCCCUGAGGACGGUAAGCUGGACAAGGAAGACCUGAUUACGUUCAUCCAGAACAACAGUCUUGAGCUCGUCAUCACAUUUAGUGAAGAGAAUGCUGAAAAGAUUUUCGGUUCUAAAGUCCAUAACCACCUCCUUCUGUUCAUAAACACAACCAUCGAGGCCCAAAAUGCACUGCUGGAUGACUACAGAGCCGCUGCCGGCGAGUUUAAAGGGAAAGUGCUGUUCAUUAAGAUAGAUGUCAACGAACAAGUUUCGCAUGUGAUGAAGUAUUUUGGUAUCUCCGCAAGUGAUACCCCCACUCUCCGCCUCAUCAACACUGACACGGUGAAGAAGUAUGCUAUGAAGGAUGAAGAUAUCAGCGAGGACACACUGAAGGCCUUCUGCCAGGAUAUGCUGGAUGGCAAACUCACGCCCCAUCUGAUGACCCAAGAGAUUCCAGAAGACUGGGACAAGAAUCCAGUCAAAGUCCUUGUGGGAAAGAACUUUGAAGAAGUCGCCUUUGAUGAGACCAAGAACGUCUUUGUGGAAUUCUAUGCUCCUUGGUGCGGUCACUGUAAGGAACUUACCCCUGUGUGGGAGAAGCUGGGGGAAAAGUACAAGGACCAUGAAAACAUCAUCAUUGCUAACAUGGACGCCACAGCUAAUGAGGUGGAGGAGGUGUCAGUGCAGGGAUUUCCCACCUUGAAGUACUUUCCAGCAGGGGCUGAAAGAAAGGUGGUCGAUUACAACGGGAAGAGAGAUUUAGAAACAUUCUCCAAAUUUCUGGAUAACGGUGGAGUGUUGCCAGAGGAAGAGGAAGAAGAUGAGGAUGAUGAUGAUGAUGAUGAGGACAAAGAUGAAGAUGAUGACAAAGAUGAUGAAGAUAAGGAGAAGGAUCAAAAGGGCAGUGAUGAGGAGGAGGGCUCAGAUGAAUCAACAGAAGAUUCAGAGAAACCCAGCAAUAAAUCCAGCAGAAAAGAUGAGCUGUGAAAAAACAGCUCAUGAAUCAUGUGUAUGUGUGUUGAAUUGGAUCGAUGUUAACUUGAAAUUGAAUCUACUGUUUUAACACUGUUUCUUUUCUGAGUAAAUCAUUCGAAUUGGCACUGAACCACUGAAUUAUUAGUCUUAAUAAUAGUGUCAAAUUGUUGAUUACUGCCAGUGUAAAGAGACCUCAGGUUUCUUGUUGAUGCAAAUUAACAAACAAAAGGAGAGAAAGAGAUAAACAGGACACAUAUGAAAGUAUUAUAGUCCAUUCACUUGCCUUUAAUUGCUGAAAAUGAUCAUUUAAAUGUACUACAUUUACAGAAUUUGAUGUAAAGCCUGUUGCAGCUGUUUUAACUAAAUAAAAGUUCCUUAAUAAUUAA